AAAAUCCCACGGCUGCCAGCAGCGAGAAAAAGGCCCACGGGGUCCCUGAGGUGCCGGAGCGGAUGGGCUGCUCGACCUGCGGGCAGGCGUUUGGCAGCCGGGAGGAGCAGACUGAGCACUACCAUCUUGACUGGCACCGCUUCAACCUGAAGCAGCGACUCCUGGGGCGCCGGGCGGUGCCAGUAGAAGUGUUUGAGGAGAAGACCCGUGCAGGUGAUGUUUCCAGCAUCUCUGGGUCUGAUUCGGAGAGCUCUGAUGCAAGCAGUGACUCGGAGUUGCUGCCUUCUGCCAGAGGCAGCCCCGGGACACCCCCGAUCCCCCGAUCCCACAAGGUGCUGCUCCGGAAUGCAAAGGGCCAGCUCAUCUCCGCCUACCGCUGUGUGCUGUGCACCGGGAAGGGUGGCAGUGAGGAACCAGCGGAGCUGAUGGCAUCACUGCAGAGCCUUGGUGCGAGCACGUGCUGGGUCGUGCUGAUGAUGGGCGGCGGGCACUUCGCAGGAGCUGUGUUCCGGGGCCCCCAGGUGCAGGAGCACAAGACCUUCCACCGCUACACGGUGCGAGCCCGGCGGGGCACAGCCCAGGGUCUACGGGAUGCCCAAACCCCGGGGUCAGCACCCAGGUCGGCAGGAGCCUCCCUGCGGCGUUACAACGAGGCUGCGCUGCUCAAGGAUAUUCAGGACCUGCUGGCAGCCUGGGCCCAGCACCUGAAGGAAGCUCAGCGCAUCUUCCUCCGGGCCCCACGCCACAACCGUGCACUGCUCUUUGGCGGCAGGAACCCACCCCUCAGCCAGGGGGACCCUCGCAUCUGCCACAUCCCCCUCAGCACCCGCAGGGCCACCCUGCGAGAGGUGCUGCGAGUCCAUGCCACGCUGGCCAGCCUGCAGGUGUACGGGAAGGACACGCCACUGGAGGACAUCACUGGGUCCCCCCGGAAGGGCUGGCAGAAGAGGCGGCAGAAAGCAGAGGUGGAUCCCCUGCAGGAGGACGCAAGUGCCCCUGUCUUAUCACCCCCCUCAGCCCCAGAAGAGGAGGAGGAAGAGGAGGAGGAAAACCCUGCAGGGGAACUGGAGACUGUAGAAGUAACACUGGGCACCUUGGACCUCCGGGAGUUCGAAGUGAUGCCCAAGCGAAACCGCAAAAGGAGGAAGAAGAAGGACAAGAAGGUGGAAAGAGGGCCCUGUGCUGAAGAGACGGCAUGCCGUGGGCAGCCCAGCCUGGAGCUGGUGACGGAGCUGCAGGGGGAGGCUGGGGCUGAGCCCCUGCCCUGGGGCGAUGGAGGAGACCCUCAGACCCAGCUCCGCGAUGCCCUGUUCACCGCCUGCAAAACAGGGGAUGUGGGGGCGCUGCGGCACCUCCUGGGUGUGCCAGAGAGUGGGGACCUGCCGGGGGACAGCAAGGAUGGGGAGGGCGCACAGCCCCUGGAUAUGCCCCGCUCCCUGCUCAACCAGCCCGUGGAUGAGCGUGGCUGCACUCUGCUUCACGUGGCGGCGCGGGCAGGGAAGGCCGAGGCUGUGUGCCUGCUGCUGGAGGCGGGGGCGGACCCUGCCCUCAGAGACAGGCAGGACAGGACCCCCUACUGCGUCUCUGCUGACAAACCAACCCGCAACGCCUUCCGCAAGUUCAUGGUGGACCAUCCGGACAAAUACGACUACAGCCGUGCCAAGGUGCCGGGACCCCUGACGCAGGAGAUGGAGGCCAAGAAGCUGGAGAAGAAGCGGGCCCAGAAGGCCCAGCGGAAGCAGCGGGAGCAGGCGCAGCGGGAGGAGCGGCAGCGCUGGGAGCAGGAGCAGGGCGAGAAGCAGCGGUUUGCAGCCCUGUCUGACAGGGAGAAGAGGGCCCUGGCUGCUGAGCGGAGGCUGGCUGCGCAGCUGCAGGACACCGGCACAACUUUUGCCAACAUCAGCCGCUGCUGGCUUUGUGGAGAGUCCCUGCUGGGCCGGAGCCCUUUCCAUUACCUCGACUUCUCCUUCUGCUCCACGGCCUGCCUGCAAACCCACCGCCGGGCCCGGGCUGGCCACACGUAG